AUGUCGCAGGGGGGGCCAGCACCUCCCCCUUCUUCUCGUCCUUCUUCGCAAUCGCCAGCGACAGACACCAACACCUCUCCACAACACCGACAACAACAUCUCGGUCAACAAGAUGCUCCCAGAACACAGUCGUCCCAUAACCCCAGCGGAGCAACGGUAGUCGAAGGAAACGAAAGAGGCUGGCAGCCAGGAAACCGACCCUCUGGCGUACACAACAUCCUUAAUCCAGCAGGCUCACAACCUGCUCCUGCCGAAGGCAGCCCCCAACCAACAAUGGGGCCAACUCCUCAAUAUGGGACAACACAGGGCUCGCCUUCACGUCCUUAUACCAUCCCAGGACAGAGUGGGGCUUCCACACCAAGGGCAACUCACGCGCAGACACAUCCGACAGCAUCUCCGGCCGGUGGUUCCUCUUCGGCCGAGAGGGGCUCACCUUCAUCUGUCCAUCCCUAUCCUUUUACUGCGAGACGGAUACUAACCCCAAAGUCCCCGAGAGUUGCAAGCCUUAGCAGGGCUGCUCUGCGAACAGUCGAACCCCAGCUCGCAAAUUUACCGGCCCCUACUCCGAGAACUUCGUCUCAGACAAAUGACCUUUCCAUGCUCGUCGGUCCUCCGUUGGGAGCUCCGUCGCCAUACCCCGGCUCCCACGCCCCCACGCGGCCGACCUCUGGGCUUUCUCGAUCACUCUCACAACCCAGUCUGAGCCACGGCCACCCAAUGGCACACCCCCGUGAACUAGCACACCCAGCUCCCCUCAAACGUGAAUACAGCGGGCAGCCAGUCUUUCCAGGCUCACCAUAUGGGACACCGACCAUGUCAAGCAGGGGACUGCCGGCAUCCAAUCCUCAUGGUGAUGGGCGAUGGGGGCCAGGGCCCAUGGGCACACUUCCGCCAGCAGGUUCAGCAACUCGAAGCUUGCAGAUUUCGGAAGGCCAGACUCUAUUAACAAUCACACCGAGGCAUGGAGAGGAGAUUGUGGUUCCGGUGGACGUUCACCAAGCGUCGAAGCAGGCGGAUGAGAAGAGACAACGAAACGCGGGUGCUUCAGCGAGAUUCAGACAGCGCAAGAAGGAGAGGGAGAGAGAACAGCAACAGGGGCUACAAAAGUUGGAGUCGAGAAACCGGGAGUUGGAAAGGAAGGCGGAUGAGCUGGAGAAGCGGUGCCAGGAGCUACAAAUUGAGCGUGACCACUACAGAAAUGACCGAAAUCGUCUGCGAGAUAUCGUUGCCCGAACGGCUGGUAUCAGCGAGUGGGCGGAAGGACCGCCGAGCCCGUCUACGUCAAGAGUCCCAGCACCCUAUCCAACGGCAGGAGAUAGCAGGUCACAUACACCACACCAACAGCCGAUGCCAGUAUCGCACGCGCACUCACAGUCACACUCUCACCCAUACCCUCACCCUCACCCUGCUGUUCACCCUCUUCAACAUCCCCACCCGCAUCCUCAUGUGCGCCCGAGCGCCUACGGGGAACCAUCUAUGCUCGAGCCGCCUCUGAGAAGGCGAAGAACAGAUUCCGAACCUCAGAUGCCCACAUCAUCCUUUGCCCUGUCCACACCGACUACCCUGCCACCCAUCGCUGGUGCUUCUGCGUUUGGAAUCCCACCGUCUCCCCAUAUUACACCACCCCCGGGACCUUCACGACUACCCCCUCUUCGAUUCGAGCCCCAGCCGGGAGGAACUUCCUCGACGACACCAUCACCUGCCCCCAGCGGCCCUCCCUCUCGGCCACCGACGCUUCCCCCGUCCCUCCCCCCUCAACCGAUCACACCAUACCUGCCUCAAUACCACCGAAAGAGCUCGUACGAAACCGCCGGUUGGGCUACCGGGCCACGACCUUCUGAGGGAGGGCCGAGGUGA